AUGAAGUUCGCACUAUUCACCAAGCUCGCCCUCUUGACCUCAGCUACUGGAGUACUCGGCACUACAGUCGCGUACGACAGAGCAUACGACGAUCGUAGCACACCCCUCACAUCCGUCGCAUGCUCUGAUGGACCACACGGUCUCAUCGUCCGAGGCUACACAACAUUCGGUGACCUCCCCAAUUUCCCAUUCAUAGGCGGAGCCGAAGCGGUCGAGGGAUACGAUUCCGCGAACUGUGGAUCAUGCUGGAACAUAACCUAUACCAACCCUGCUGGUAGGAACAAGACCAUCACCAUGUUGGCAGUUGAUGGGACGACGAGGGGGUUCGUCCUUGGGGUGCGAGCAGCAGAUAUCUUGACUGGAGGUCAAGCUGUCCACUUGGGAAGAGUGAACGCGACGGCGAAACGUGUUGCUGUUUCUGUUUGUAGACUCUAG